AUGUCUUUCAAUUCAACAUCUCAGUACAAUCUCCGACUAGCUCGUAUCACAGACCUAAACUCCAUAGCCCAAAUCUGGACCUCGGCAUUCUUCGACGACGAAAUCGUAGGCAAAAUGAUGCACCCCCAUCGCAGCCAGUAUCCAGACGAUGUGUACUGGUUCCUACUCCGCGGCGUUCGCGAGCGCUUCUGGGACUGGCGACACCAGUUCAUCGUCGUGACGGCAAAUGAAGGUGGAAAGGAGAAAGUCGUCGGCGCGGCGAAUUGGCGGAGACUGGGUAGGGGUGGGGAGAGGAUGGAGCUGGGGAGGGUGGAUCCACGUAAUCUCAUCGCCCCCAUCCUGAAAUCCUACCACACUAUCUCCCUCUUCAUCUUCCCAAACCGCGCCGCGGAUCCGUCACGCAUUUCCUUCCUUGACAACGCCGUCGCUGAUUCGAAGAGAUAUUGGACUGGUGAUCGUGCCGAAUGUUGGGACUUGUUUGUAUGUGGUGUAGACCCUGAGUUCCAAGGGAAAGGCGUGGGAAGAUUGUUGGCGCAAUGGGGCGUGGGCAGGGAGGGUGAGGACGUGGUAGCUAGUGUACUUUGCGGAGAGAAAAAUCGCGGGUUUUAUGGGAAGGCGGGGAUGAAGGUACAAGUUGGGGGAAGUGAGAAUGGGAUUGCGCUGUUUAGUCGGUGA